UGCCUCGACACCGGUGUUUUCGUUUCUGAUAGCAAGCUACCUGCGGGAUAUCACCUGCAGCAGACAUAUUACUUCAUCGGUGGCAGCACGGUGCGAUGGAACCAGCAGAAUUCAACUUCGGUUGCAAAUGUCGUAGCUGCUACAGCUAUAACGCUCCGGACGACGGUGUCAACUGCACCACGUGUGGAUGUGCGCCAAGUGACCAUACCGUCGUGAUGAGGGUCAGCCCCGAUGAGGAUGAAGAUGAUGACGUCUCUGACACCUCGUGUGAUUCAUUAGUGCCAUAUUCUGAGAAUAUGUCUGGCACAACAUCAGCCCCUCUGUCGGAUACAAAGUCGUGGUCGCUCACGGACCCAAACGUAACUGUGGACUUUGCUAGCCUGUUGAAGACGACCAAGAACAAGAAACGUGCUUUGGAUGAUCUCAGUGGAGAACCAUCCAAAAAGAAGCCGAAGGGUACUACGACUGGACCAAAACAGACACGGUUGUUCGUGGGAUUGAGGGUUUGCUGAAGAUGAAGCCAUGCAAUGUUCUGCAGACAGGCCACAUCCCCUUCACCGAGAUGGAACAAAUCCCAUAUAAUGUCAAAGGAGUGUACAAGAUCGCCUACAACUGGCAGACAAUCUACGUGGGCCCGAUGUCCUGUAAGAUCAAACCUACACUGAAGAGUCACUUCAGCGGUCACGGCCGGUCAGAUCUGUUCGACUUUAUUAAACGCCUGAGUCAGCGAGACCUGGAGAAGGUGACAGUGUAUUAUCUGGACGAAACAAAGUACGUCCACAACUGCGCAAAGAAAAGUUAUAUGAAGUGUAUUGAAGACUUGCAGGGCACUAGACCCAAGUUCAAUCUACCACUUACCAAAAAAACCUACUUCCAAAUGGUGGUGUAACAUCCAGUAAAACUACCAAUAUCAGUUAUAUAAUUCAUAAACCAAAUAUCUUACAUCGACGAGAAUGAUCAUCUAAGAUACCCAUAACUGAAUCAAGCCUUUAUCGUGACGUUACGAUCGGCAUACCGUUCCA